AUGUCGAGCACCAGUGAAAGCUCUCACAUUGCCGUACAAGGCUCUGUGGCUUCCGACACAAACAACACUACAGACCAUCGUUCAUACAAUACCUCCCCCACCGAAGCCAAAGGCUUCUCUGCUAAUCGCAUUGAACGCUAUCUCGCCGAAAAUGACUCUCCGGUUCCAUACGCCUCGCCAGCUCACCAUGACGGCGGUAACUUGGAGAGACCCUCGACUGCGACGCACAAAAUGAACCUCAAAUUGCAGCAGUUUGAUGCAACAUUCCAUGGCCAGGGAGGAGCUUAA